GCGCUGGUGGUGAGGCGAAUAAAAGGCUUUCGCCAAAGCCAAGCGUUGAUGACCAUGCAGUCUGCUGGGGGAGGGAGGGGGUCUCGAUCUUUCGACGACACAGACAGACGGAGCUUUCUUGUUCUUCGGAGGCCGACUUUUCUGGGCGCUGGCUUCAUUGAUGCGCGUUUGCUGGAAUGUUGUUGAAAGAUGAGGCAGCCGUGUGCGAAUGUUGCAGAACACCGGUAGAGGAAUACUUGCCUUGCUGUUGAUGGUGUUGGAGUGGACCUGCCCAAGCCUACCAUCCCCGCUGAGGCCCAUCUGCGACCUGAGGGUGCUGAACCAUUUCAUCAAGGAAGCGCAAGACGCCGAAGUCGCCAUGAAGUCAUGCCGGGAUGGAUGCACCCUGUCCCAGUCUGUCAGCAUUCCCCAAACCGGAGUAGAUUUUGAUGUCUGGGAGAGGAAAAAUGCCAUGGAGAAAGCCCAGGAAGUGCAGUGCGGCUUGUGGCUUCUGCAGCAGGCGCUCAGCUUGCUGCGCAACUCGGUCACCAACACGGCCUUGCACGGCCCCAUCGACAACUUGCUGAGGAACGUGCUCAGCAUCAACGCCGUGCUGCGCAGCCUCAACAUUCCGGAAUACGCGCCCCCCGCGAGCACAGCGGGCCUGGAGAGCACAUGGCGAGCGUCCACCGCGGCCAACUUGCUCCAAGCGCACGUCAACUUCCUGCGAGGCAAAGUGCGCCUCCUCCUCGCGGACGCGCAGGCCUGUCAGCAAGAGGUCAGCUGAUCGGGCCGCCACCAACUCCAGGCUUUAGCCGCUUUGUGCUGGCAAGGCGAGAGAAAGGCCUCCCCUACGAUGACCGACUUGCUAGCUGCUGGAAGUGGUGCGGAAUA